CGAUUCGUCACGCACCAUUUCCGCGUCAUGUUAUCCCCCGCUGCACUUCCACCUGCUUCUCCCAGCACGGGACAGUCUGCUGACUUAGCAAAAGGUAUAAGUACACAAGGGGGCAAGCGCUAGCUAUAGUAGCGGAUAUCAUCCGAACACCUAUGACGAUGAAUCUCACCGUGAAAAUGGACGGGCCCGAUCCCAUCAUGCUCAGUCUCUUCGCGAACCGCUUCAUGAGCAUUGCUGAAGCAAUGGGGCAGGCACUGAAGAAGACUUCCAUAAGUACAAAUAUUAAAGAGAGGCUGGAUUACUCUUGCGCUCUGUUCGCCCCGGAUGGCGAUCUUGUGGCGAAUGCACCUUUUAUUCCGAUUCAUCUUGGGUCUAUGAGCUUUGCCGUCAAAUACCAAAUGAAUUUACUCGGCAAAGGUCUCAGAGAGGGGGAUGUGAUAAUGACAAACUCACCCCAGGCUGGGGGAAGUCAUUUACCGGACAUCACCAUUAUUACACCCGUAUUCGAUGAACAGACAAAGGAAAUCAUCUUCUUCACCGCAUCUCGGGGACAUCAUGCUGACAUAGGCGGCAUCCUGCCUGGCUCGAUGCCCCCGACAUCUGUAACCAUAUUCCAGGAGGGUGCCGAGAUACAAUCAUUCAAGAUUGUCAACAACCGGGUGUUCGAUCAUGAAGGUCUACAUAAUCGUAUGGUGGAUAAACCGGCAAGUUACCCAGGGAACAGUGGAUGUAGAAACUUCAGGGACGUCGAAAGCGAUCUGAAAGCACAAAUUGCCGCGAACCACAAGGGAAUCCAACUGAUUCAUGCGCUUGUUCGCGAGUAUGAUCUCAAAACGGUCCAAGACUACAUGUACCACAUCCGCGCCAAUGCAGAGCUCUCUGUCCGUAAUCUGCUGAAAACUGUGGUGAAGCGCCUCGGAAAGAACGAACUCGAAGCAGAGGAUUACCUUGACGAUGGUUCAGCGAUUCAUAUCAAAAUAAAUAUCAACGAAGUGGACGGCUCGGCAUUUGUAGAUUUUGAGGGGACGGGACCUGAGAUCCGUGGCAAUCUUAAUGCACCUAUUAGCGUCGUUCACGCGGCGGUCAUCUAUUGUGUGCGAUCCAUGCUCGACGUGGACAUCCCACUGAAUGCAGGGUGCCUAGUCCCUAUUCAGAUCAAAAUACCUGAGAAAUCGCUCCUCAGUCCAAGCCCCACAGCUGCUGUGUGCGCCGGGAACGUGCUAACUAGUCAGCGGAUCGUGGAUGUCGUGCUGAAAGCAUUUAAUGCAUGCGCUGCUAGUCAGGGAUGUUGCAACAAUCUCACAUUUGGCGUUGGCGGGAAAGACCAGAAUGGCGUCGUAACGAGAGGGUGGGGAUAUUACGAGACGAUAGCAGGCGGAUCAGGGGCUGGUCCAGGCUGGCAUGGGACUUCGGGCGUACACACCCACAUAACAAACACGCGCAUUGGAGAUGUCGAAAUUCUAGAACGUCGGUAUCCUGUUCUCCUGCACGAGAGGAGGGGAGAAUUUUCCGGAGGCGAUGGCGUUGUGAGAGAUAUCGAAUUCUUACAGCCUAUUCAAGUAUCAAUCCUAAGUGAGCGUCGUGUUCAUUCUCCUUAUGGCCUCGAAGGUGGAGGAGCGGGCCAACGGGGUCAGAACAUAUGGCUCAAGCAACUUCGGAAAGAGGAUGAUGACGUCCCUUCACCUGAGAAGGCAUCCAAGGAGAAUACGGAGCCAAGGAUUAUUAAUAUUGGAGGAAAGGCGACGGUUAUGAUGGGUAAAGGUGAUCAUAUUAUUAUACGAACGCCGGGUGGUGGAGCAUGGGGUACCCCGAAAAAGUGAGGUUGAGAUAUGCAGUUCUAAUGACAUUGUUCCAUAUGACGAGUCUUGUCUUACGCAUGAGGGUUUCUUGAUGAUGUUAGGCUCUCCUCAUUUAGUGUCCAAAGAGCGAGAAGGUAGGAACGCCACUUGGGCUCCUGUUUCUGGGUCGUGGAAGUUUUGUAUGGCUUAGUUCCGAGAUAACUUGUUCAAAACAUCAGCGACCCAUUCUAACACAGAUAACCGUCUAUUCGUCGUCAUAUCCUGUGACGGGCUGUCUAGGCGGUUUGGGAGGGGAUAAGAGGUAGGCGGCCUUUCUGGUGGCACAUAGCCGAGUUGUCUACGCAUUGGAGGCACAGUGAGCACCAUGACAGGACCAGUGAACCCGAGGAUCAGCGACCAGAAUAUGACUGGCUCCUCGUG